AUGGCUUCCCACAGCCAGUCAGGGCCAUCGCGCCGGCGACUGCAGUACUCUACACCUCGCGAUCGUAUUAUAGCUAGCUCCCCGCCAAUUCCCCAGGGGAUUGUUUCAAGACAGGUGCUGUCAACCCCUAUCCCGCAGCCUCGAGGUUACUCAACAUCUCCCGCCGUGCCUACACCGAGAAGUGCUCGUCAGUCCGACGCCAAUGCCUCUUCUCUGUCUGCAACCUAUUCUCCUCAACUACCAGUUCAUCCUCUGCGCCAACGACUGUCACUACGGCCGUCUUCUCUCAGAGCCACAUCUGGCGCACCGAGUCAGAGUCAACUGGGCGGGUAUGACGAUGACGAUGAGCACAAUGAUCUAGAGGGCAACUCAAUAAACGCCGAUGCACUGAGUGAGGUAAUCAUGGCCAUUGACAUGAACAAUCAUGGGAAUCUCGGUUGUGCAUACUAUAUUGCUGCCGAAGAAAAAUUACUCCUUCUCGAAGAUGUUCCUAUGGCAGGUAUUGAGAUUAUCGAAACUCUUCUACUUCACGCGAAGCCCACUACAGUGCUUACACCUUCACGAACCUCGCAAGUAUUGCUUGAUGUGUUAAACAAAGGUGCUGAUGGCGAAAAUCGAGACGAUCAUCAUAGAGACUGGCAUGGCGCUUAUGUUUUGCGUACACUCGCUAGGGCCGAAUACCGAUACGAAUGUGCCAGAGAAAAGCUUCUUCAUUUGAGAGUCGAAGCUCAAGGCCAGCAAACGAUGCUGUUUACCUCUGUCGCCGACGAGCCUAUGGAAAAUUAUGACGAUGCGUACGGUUCGAUGCAAGGUUCUUUGAUGAGGUUGGGUACAUUAAUCAAUCUCGAUAGCCGCCUCACUAUUGGUUGUGCCGGUGCAGUACUAUGUGACGUCAACCGUAGAAGAACUGCGGAGUAUCUACCAGGAGAUCCUGACGCACUGGUUGCUUUCAAGAUCAAGUCACUCGAGAUGUUCAAGCUGUUCGACUCAAUGUUUGUAAAUGCCGAUACACUGGCUUCUUUACAAAUCCUGCAGUCUGAAUCUCAUCCGAACAGCCAUAUGCGAGGACCAGAUAAAUCGAGUUUCGGUGCCAAAGAAAGUCUCUCUGUUUAUGGAUUGUUUCAAUACCUAGCUUGCACGCCUCAAGGGAAGUCUAAACUUCGGCAGAUCUUCUUGCGACCAAGCACCGACCUCUGUACCAUAAAAAGUCGCCAGCAGACCAUAUGCUUCUUUCUUCGGCCAGAUCACUCGGAUAACACAGGUAAACUUACCAAGGAUUUGCGAAAGAUUAGAAACAUGCGAACUACUGUUGCAUUCCUUCAAAAAGGUGUGGACUCUCCAGGCAAUAAAUCUUCUAUGACGAGCAACGUUUGGCUUUGUCUCCAGCGUUUUGCGCACAACGCCUUGAAUAUUCGCGAAACACUAGCACAAAUAGUAAACUCGGAAAAGAUCCAGGUAGUGCGGAAGGUCAUGGAAGUUGUCGAACACGGCCCAUUUCAUCUUAUCGGAGAGCUCAUCACUCAAACGGUCGAUUUUGAGCAAUCCAGAGAGCGGCAAAGGACUGCUGUCAGGCAAGGUGUGGACGCAGAAUUGGACGAGCUGAAGCGAAGGUAUCACGGCAUGGAAGAUUUCUUGACUGAGGUCAAUGUCAAACUUCGGGCUGACAUUCCUGAGUGGGCUCAACACUACGUCCAAGGUUGCGUAUUUUACCCUCAGCUGGGAUUUCUCACCGUUGUCUCGCAUAAUACGGAAACUGGGAACGCGAACUACCAAGGAGAAGGACUGACAGAUAAUUGGGAACGCAUUUUUGCCGACAAUGGUGCUGUAUACUGCAAAAAUGCGCGGAUGAAAGAGAUUGAUGAACUCUACGGAGAUGCAUACUGCAUGAUAAUUGAUCGUGAGAUUGAGAUUCUCUAUGAGCUCGCAGCUCGGGUGCUUGAGUAUGAGGAUGCUAUACUAGCGGCAUCAGAUGUCUUGGGGGAGCUUGAUAGCCUCCUUGCAUUAGCAAUUGGUUCUCGGAAGUAUAACUGGGUCGCGCCGGUCAUGACCCAUGAGAAUAUCCUGCACAUCGAAGGUGGUCGACACCCUCUGCAGGAGAUGGUAGUGUCGUCUUUCGUGGAGAAUGAUUGCUAUCUACAUGGUGGGGAAGGUGAUGAAAAUGAGGUACCACGCCCGGAAACCUCAUCGGUUGCGUCAGUUGCCGCCAGAUCCCCGAGCACACUCAUCAUCACGGGUCCCAACCAUUCAGGUAAGAGUGUAUACCUGAAGGAGGUUGCUUUGAUUGUCUACCUGGCGCAUAUUGGAUGCUAUGUGCCAGCCGAACGAGCUACAAUUGGCAUCACAGAUCGAAUCCUUACACGGAUUGCAACUCGCGAAAGUGUUUCGGGAAACGAGAGCGCGUUCGCCAUCGACUUACGACAAGCCGCCUUUGCCAUAAACUUUGCGACGCGCCGGAGCCUCAUCCUCAUUGAUGAAUUUGGGAAGGGGACGAAUACUGUGGAUGGUGCCGGAUUAAUGACAGCCUUGUUGCAUUAUUUUUCUACUCUUGGAUCAGAACGACCAAAGUUACUUGCUGCCACCCAUUUCCAUGAGAUUUUCGAAGCUGGUUUCCUCACUGAAAGCAAAGAGUUGGCAUUUGCUCAUAUGGACGUUUAUGUGGAUUUCGAUACAUCAACAGUCGAGGACCAGGUAACAUAUCUCUUCAAACUACAACCAGGACGAAGCGUAUCAAGUUUUGGAAGCAGAUGCGCUGCCAUGAAUGGCAUUGACGAGGCCAUUGUUGGUAGGGCUGAAGCUAUUAUGCUGCUGCUCGUUCGUGGCGAGGAUUUGGAAGCAGCCUGUUCGAAACUCUCGGAGGAAGAAGAGUUCAAGCUUCAGAAAGCAGAAGUAGUGGCGCGGGCUUUCUUGGAACAGGAUAUUGAGCCUCCAGGGCCAAGUAGGAAGAAGAGCGAAGGGUGCUAUCGUUCCAUUCUUCGGCGUAUUCUUGCUUCUUGUGAAGAGCUGUCGGCGUCAAAUCCCGCAUCAGGACUGGCAACAACGGGGCCUCCGAACUUGUGA